UGCAUGCAUCUUGAAAUGGUUCUUACCAAGGUAUUUGUUUUUUUCAGAUCACUUCCAGAUACUUACACUGAGGGUUUCCAUGACGUCGAAGACCUGAAGCGAAUGCCAUAUCGUUCGCUGGGUAUCACGGGCCUUCGUGUAUCAGCACUCAGCUUUGGUGCCAGUUCUCUGGGCAGUGUGUUCCGAGCCACGGAUGAUGCUGAGUCAGCACAAGUGCUCACGCACGCCAUCAAGUCUGGGAUCAACUACGUGGACACAGCACCUUGGUAUGGACAUGGCAAGUCGGAGACUGUGCUCGGCAAAAACCUGCCGUCUAUACCCCGUUCUAGCUACUACUUGGCCACCAAAGUUGGCAGAUAUCUGCCUGAAGUGGACAAAAUGUUUGAUUUCAGUGCAGAGCGUACGCUGCGAAGUGUGGACGAAAGUUUGGCCAGGCUUAAUGUAGACUAUGUGGAUAUCAUACAGGCAGAUUCUCGCCGCCUUCCAAACUACGAAACAGUCUAUCUGAAGGCCAUAUACAGUGUGUUGUAUGAUUCUGGGCUGAAGACUGUUCUUGAAAGGAGUUCUGUAAAAAUUGAUGCCAUCCUGACCUACUGUCGAGGAUCCAUGAAUGACAACUCACUCAAGGACUGGCUACCUUAUUUUAAGGAUAAAGGAGUGGGUGUGGUGAAUGCAUCGCCCAUCAGCAUGGGUCUACUCACUUCCCGCGGACCACCACAGUGGCACCCAGCUAAACCUCACAUCAAAGAAGCCUGCGCUAAUGCUGCCAGCUACUGCAAGGAGCAAGGAGUUGAUAUCUCUCGACUGGGCCUACGCUUCACUCUUGACCAAGAGGACAUUCCAACAACUCUAGUCAGCACAGCCAGCUUGGAGAACCUGAAGAAGAAUUUGCAGUGUGUAUACGACCCCUUGACUGAACAGGAGCAGCAGGUGCUCCAGGAUGUUAUGAGCAA